AUGGCUACUGUACAAGUAAAUCAACCACAUAACACACCCGAUGUUAUUGACGUCACUAGCCCUCUAUAUAUGCAUCCUUCUGAAAAUGAUGGAUCCACACUUCUUCCAGUCGUGUUCGAUGGAAAUGGAUACCGAUCAUGGAAGCGUAGUGUUCUUCGAGCACUCUCUAUGAAGAAUAAGACGGGAUUUAUCAAUGAAAAAUGCAAAAGGCCUACUGAGGAUUCUCCUAUCCUAACACACUGGGAGAGGUGUGAUGAUAUGGUCACUUCAUGGCUUCUAAACUCCCUCUCAAAGGAUUUAGCUGAUAGCCUUCAAUGCGUUAAUAAUGCCCAAGAACUCUGGCAAGAGCUGGAAGAUAGAUAUUAUACCAAAAUGAAGCGAAUCUGGGUAGAACUUGGGACAAUUGAUGCAAGCACUAGCUGCUCAUGUGAGUGCACUUGUGGUGCGAAGGCAAGUUUACACAAAGCUGAACAGGCCAGGAGGUUGAUUCAAUUUCUUAUGGGUUUAAAUGAAGUCUACACGAUUGUAAGAGGUCUAGUGCAAGUCAGUAUAAUCAGUAAUUCUGUUGGUAACAACUAUGGAAACCAUUAUGGAGCUAGUGGAUCUAUUAUGAAUAGAGGAGGCUACGGUAAUAGAGUAAAUUUGUUUUAUGAGUAUUGUAAGAAACCUGGGCAGCUUAAAGAGAAGUGCUAUAAAUUGCAUGGUUUUCCCCCAGACUUUAAGUUUUCGAAAGGAAAGAACACAACAUCUGCAGCUAAUACUCAUAUCACCAAUGGUGAUUCUUCAGAUGGUAAACUUACCUCAACUCAUGGGCAUGGUGAUGACAUUCCAUCAUCUCACAAUCUCACUCAAGACCAGUACAAUCAACUUAUGCAGCUGCUGAGGAAUUUUUCUGUUGUUGACACUGCAGGUCAUGAUCUUAAUUGCUUUGUUAGUGAAGCAGUAAAUCUAGCAGGUAUACUUGCUUGCCAUUCUUCUAUGACUGAGAUUGGUAAUCUUUCUUGUGCUUGUAAAACAUUAUCUGCUGACUCAUGGAUACUAGACUCUGGUGCUUCCCAUCACAUGACCUAUAAGAAAGACUUACUGACUAACAUUGUGAUUUUACCUUACCCUUUCCUUGUGAGCUUACCUAAUAGUUACAAAGUAAAAGUAACAGAAGUUGGUGAUGUGCAUCUUGGUUCUGCAUUAACAUUAUGUAGGGCCCCUUCACUGAAGAGGCCUCUGGUGAUUGGUAAAGCUAGUGAUGGACUAUAA